AUGGACACAUUACUGACUCUGAACAAUGAUGCCAGCACACCUAGUGACACCCGUGCAUCAGCAGUAGCAGCAGAAGAAGAGUUGUUUGUGCAAUUUGGUCACAAGUCUCUGUCGACCCAAUUGGUAGCGGCGGUGGUUUCGAUCGUCUACGCAUUGGUCCUUCGCAAUGGACGCUUCUGGGCGUACAUUUUUGCUGUGAACCAAAGUUGGUUUUUCAUUCUCGUGUGGUGUACCACACUGGCACAACACGGAAAUUGUCGACCAUGGAUCUUGUGUGGUGUUUCCUUGGCGUUGCUCUUGACGGUGUUGAUUUGGUUCCGAUUGCAAUUGCAGGAAAAGUUGCCCCUGUAUUCCGGACUGGUAUUUCUGGCCUGUAUUCCAGUCUUUGUGACGGGCAUGGUCUGCAUACGAUCCAGUCUGCAAACAGCUCAUUCCCAUCACUGCGGUGCCAUGGCACUCAAUUGCCUGGAUGCGACACUGCGAGCGGGUGUCUUGCAAUUGGCAUUGCUCACAGCGGCACUGGUGGGAUUUGGAACACGUUCAGGAGCUGACUUGGAACAAAUCAUAUGGCUCGAGGGUAGUCAUGCUAAUGAAGACGACAGUAGUACCACCACCACGAUGAUGUCAGUGCUGCAACAGAAGGAUCACGACGAAGCCAUUCAAGGCGCCAUUACCGGAACACAGGCUGGCAUGGCCAGUGGCGCCGUCAACUUUUUCCUCCUGCAAUCCAUCGUCACACGACACGUGACUAAAUUGCAAUUGAACGACAUUGUGGCGGGUCGCGUCUUGUGGCUGGAAUAUGCCUCCAUGGGAUUGCAAUUGCUCGUCGUCGUCGCCGUGGCCGCCACCUUGGCAUUGACGCCCUCCGCCAUGUACAAGGCAUUUUUCACCCAACUCAAUUGGAAGGAUUGGGGAACCUUUCGACUCCUCUUUCUUGUGGGGUAUUUGCCUCCCGGAAUUCUACUCUUUCUCCUCAAUGUCUACUUUUCCACUGUCUUUGGACAACCGGGGCCGACACGAGAUUUCUUCCUGCAACGACAUGACGUAACAACCAAUCCGAGUAUCGAGGAGAGGAUGGACCAUGAGAAGGAAGAACAACGAAAAUUACAAUUAUCGGUGGAUGAUUUAUACGAUAAGGUUGAUCGAGGCGACACGGAGCGACAGUCCCUGCAGGAUUCCAUCACGGAUCUACAGGGGUUCUGUCAAACCGAACUCGCACCACGAACGUCCCGACUGGAGGAGUUGCUGGGUCGGAUCGAUCAACAGCAUGGGAAUACAGCAACAACCACAACCAUGGCCACAAUAAGGACAACCACAGCAGCACCAGCACUCACGAGGAUGCACAGGGCCCAGGUCAUUGUCUCCUAACUCACUAGAUUAGCUACCGAUACCAGUACCAGUGCAUUUGGGUACAGUUAUGCAUGAAACCAGAGCCAUCCCUUUUUAGUCUUACACUUUGCGUGUACG